CCGGCAGCCGGAGCCGGGGAGCGAAGGGGCUGCGUGUUUCCGGAAGACGUGGCGGCUGCUGCUGCUGCUGCUCCUGAGGCGGCUUCGUUCCUCCUCCUCCUGCCUCCUCAGAGAGCUCGAGCCGCGCGCUCGGCGCUGCCUUCGCCGUCAUCAUGAUUUCCCUCACGGACACUCAGAAAAUUGGAAUGGGACUUACAGGUUUUGGAGUGUUUUUCCUUUUCUUUGGAAUGAUUCUAUUUUUUGACAAAGCACUUUUGGCUAUUGGAAAUGUUUUAUUUGUGGCUGGCCUGGCUUUUGUGAUUGGCUUAGAAAGGACAUUCAGAUUCUUCUUCCAAAAACACAAAAUGAAAGCCUCGGGCUUCUUUCUGGGAGGUGUACUUAUCGUUCUUAUCGGUUGGCCCCUGAUAGGAAUGGUCCUUGAAAUUUAUGGCUUUUUCCUCUUAUUCAGGGGCUUUUUUCCUGUGGUGGUUGGUUUUAUUAGAAGAGUGCCCGUUCUUGGAUAUCUCUUGAAUUUACCUGGUAUAAGCUCACUUGUAGAUAAAGCCGGAGAAAGCAACAACAUGGUAUAAUGACAAGUGUGCCGAAGACUGGUUCUAAACUUAUGUUAUUUAUAAGGUCCUCUUGAAGAAAAGAUCAGCACAAAGAUUCUGUUGUAUACAAAGGCAAAGUUUGUAAUGGUCUUGACGUAAGUUUUUAAUUUACACCAUAGUCUACAAAAUACAUCCUUAGCAAAGAAAAAUGGAGCAAGUGUGCGCCCAAGACAUGCAGCACCAGGAAUUCUGUGAACUAAAUUGAAGAAAAGGUCAUGGGAAAAUCCAUUAUACUAUUCAAGACAUAAAGCUUUUGGAGUAUGAGCUAAAUGCAGCAAGCCCCAACCACCCACCCCUGGGAACUAACAGUGCCUGUAACUUUUACCUCCUCCUUUUGAAGGUGUAGUAGAGCAAACUGGGGUCAAUUUGUAAAGCAGGACCCUUCUCUCUUCCCACCUGCCAAACUUCCUGUUUCGUCCCCUGUCUUGGAAGAAAGUAAAUCUUUCUGUGUGUGUGUGUGGUUUCUUCUGUUUGAAAGCAAGAGACUCCCUUAAGUAUGGUACGCCUGGCGUUUAAGAUGGGUUUUCAUCUUUAACUAUACGCAAGUAGCAGAGGAUUUCACUACACUGUUCUGCUGUAUAAAUCUCUUUGUAAAAUGGCUAAAAUAAACCUUUGUAGGAAAAUGUUUAAAGCCAAAUGUAAAUUCUGAUUAGGUGUGUCUUUACCUUUGGAAUAUGCAAAAAAGACUAUCUUUUUCUUCUUCAUUUCUUUUGGUACUAAACUAGUCUUAAACCAAUCCUGGUUUUAAUAUCUGUUUUGUUUGGCAGGGACUGGAGAAACCAAUUUUACACUCCUUUUUGGCUGGCUCCCUUGAUCCACGUUACACAUAUGCUUUAGAAACAGGAUGUAGCCCUAAUUUUGUGCACAUCAUGUUUAGCUUCUGAAAUUACCUGAUUUGGUUCAAGGUGCUCGAACAGUUUAUGAAAUAUGACCUACUCAGCUCACCAACCCUUUGAAAGGGCACUCCAGUCCUGGAAAUCUUUGCUGCUUUUUCUGCAGGCAACACAAUGUCCCUGCAGCAUGUAACAUGUUUUUACACUGGCAUCGCACCCAGUAUGCCAUACAGAGACAUUUAGUUGAAGCAUCCUAUUCUUAUUCUAGGACAGCAUGUUACAAAUCUAACUUAUUGUGUAAAUAACUUUUUUUCCCCCUAACAAUGAAGUUAAAAAUAUUAAGUCAGUUGUGUCCUGGGAAGUUUUGGGAAAUUGUAUUUUAGUAGUAUUGAUCAAGUGCCACAUCUAAAUACACAUUUUAUUCCUGUGGCUUGAUUUGUUCUUAUCCUGAUGAUUAGAAAGGGUGCCUAUUUUACAAAUGGCAAGUUUCAGUGCCACUUUGAUUAUUCCGAUGAAGCAGCGAGAGAAGAAGUGUAAGUGACUUGAUCAGGGAGAGGAUUCGCACACCCCUUCCCCCCCCCCCCACCAAAGAAGAUGCACAAGUGUUGCGGGAGGAAUUGUAGGUCACUCAUGCUCCCCCUCCCACCACUUCUGGGAAGCAUUCUAGGUGGCUCUUGGGUGCAUAACUGAUCCAAUUGGUCUUCAGCGAAGCUGCAUAUUAAUGCAAGACCAGCCUAUUUGCUUGGCUCUGAAUGCCUAAUAGAAGCCCCCAUCAAAACAGGUAGAAGAACAUUUAUAAUCUGACUUGGAGUGUGUGAGCAUUUUCUGUUUAUGCAAGCUGUUUUCUAAACACUAGUAUAAACCACGUGUGUCUGCUAGUGCCUGACAGAAGGAGCCAUCUAAUAAAUGGUUAUUUAAAUAGCUCUUUUUUUAUUCGAGACAAGCCAAUUUUAAAAGCUUUAAAAAUCAUUUUUGAAUUACUGUUUCUGGUUGCAAAUGUAACCUUUUGCACGAGUUUCCACAUUUCUUUGAUUUCCUCUUGGGGAAAGGAAAAUGCCUCUUAAGGAUCAGAACAGAUUUUUCUUUCCCCAAAAAGGCCUGAAAUUGGUGGUCUUCAGUCCUGAAGCCAUGUGUGUACCUCAUCUUGUCUCUGUGACACACAUUGCUGUCUGUAAGAUGUAAAAAAAUAUGGGGCUUUGGAUACAACCCUAAAACAAAAAGUUUUUUUAAAAAGUAAAUCCUAUUGAAUUGAGUGGGACAUGCUUGUGAAAUGAACCUUUGGCACCCGUGGUGCCUGCUUGCCAAUUCCCACAUGGUGUUUUUAACUACACAGGAGUGCUUUUGUGAAUUGCUCCUAUGUCUGAAACCGAUUAACCCAUGUUACAAGCUCCAAGAGAGAUGCUUAAGGUUUGGAGCAACUGAGAAAUGUCCAUAUCAUUCCUAGAGCUGUAAAGGAUCUCUUCAGAUGAUGCUGUGUCCUUGGGAUUCUACCUAGGAGGAACUCAGGAGCAGACUACAGACUUGCAUGUUCUCUCCCUUGCCACUCACCAUAGGGAAAAGGAGCUGCAUGAUCUUGGGAGGUCUGUCCCUGAUUCUGCAGCAUAUUACCCGGUUAGGGAUAACCUGCAUUCAGGUAAAUGGAGCAUCUCCCUGGUUCCUUAUAUUCUCGUGAUGAGAUGAACCAAGGAGGAAACUGCUCCCAAUCAUUCCUGGGAACAAUGCCAAGGAGAAGCAUCUUCUGAAUGCACCCUGAGACGACUCAUUCUCAUGGCUCUAUCUGGUUUACUUACAUCUGGGAGGGACCUUUGUUGUUAAAUAGUAAAGGUGGUAGCACUGUAGUCCUCUAGAAAGUAAAGCGAAGACAAUUUGCUUCUUAAGUGAUCUGGUUUGGUAGGGAUCCUACUGUUUGUCUGGUGAGAAUCACAUUCAUCUUCAAGCACCUCUGGGUUGUUGUUUUUUUAAAACAAGACAUGGGCAAAGGUGGUGGUUUUUUACGUGAACAUUCAUUACAAAAUGUGAACAUUCAUUACAAUCCUUGUUUCGUCUUGCAACCCUAUGUGAUUAGAGUACUUUUGUGCACAAGAAUUGUUGGGAGACUUUAAAAGAGUGGGUAGUACCUCUCUCUCACUGCCCUUUGAUGAAAUGGAAAGUUACACAAAACCUUGAUUACCUUCAAACUAACAUGCUUUGUUUUCAAAGCAUUCUGAAUGUUUAUCUUAGGGCAGUGAAUUUUCUCAAGGCUUUGACUUAUAAUUGGCAGCAGAGAUAGAAAGGAGAGCAGCAGAGAUAGAAACAAAGCAUAACAUCUGCAAGUUUCAGGGCAAUACACCUUGGCAAAUGCAAAAUGUUGGGUUGUGUUGUUUUUUUGCAGCAUUGGUAUUAUGAUAGAAGAGGUCAGAAGGACUCCUUAGCCUCAAGGCUGCUAUCCUACGCAUACUUACUUGGGAGUGAUUCACACUGAAUUCAUUGAGGCUUACUUCCAAGUCAACAUGCAUAGGAUUGGGCUGCGUGUGUCGGAAUCAUUCGCAACAAAAAAGUACCUUCUGUAACAAAAUAAGAUUCUUCCCAUUUAAAUGUAAUUCUUGAUUUCUGCUUUAAGAAUCACACAAGGAUCUUAUCCUGGAGAGAGAGAAAAAUACUGUAAAUACACUUGUCAUACCUUGAAUAAAUGGGUACUUUUUCUAUUAA